AAAGCAAUUCCGAACUCAAAGAAAAUAUGAACAACCUUCGUGUAACCAUUGCAGUGUUGUUGGCCACUCUUGUCUUCACCUCGACUUUUUCAAAUUCUAAAGUGGAAGCCAAAGACGAAAUUAUCAUAUCAUUCAAAUGCAAAAAACAAUCAGAAUGCUUAACAAAUAUUGCUUGUGAGGCUUGUGUCGAUUGCCGAUGCGAUAAUGGUUUGUGUAGAUGCCAUGGUUUCGAUGAAGAAGUCAGUACUCCAACAGUUGCACAGCUUAAUUAAC